AUGGCAGAGCAGAUCAGUCACGAUGUGGUAAACCAAACCCGGUCGGGCGGCGAGUCUUCGUCAUCCGACGUUCCUGUGGGCAAUCUCGACAAGAAUUCUGCUGAAGGGGACGUGGGGAGGAUUACCUAUAACCAACUUGACACACGAGGCGAGUCAUCAUCUGUCGAACAGUCACUGGACGAUAAGAGAACCAUGGACAUAAACGAUGUGGAAAAAUUUGCCGGUGGAGAGAACGGGGAUGUUGGCAGACAGGGACCAAACUCCGUGGCCACUCGAGCCCUAGAAUUAAACGGUGUUGCAUCUCUAUCAGACGGCGGUGAGGACGGUGGUUCGCUUGGUGGCUCGGAUACGGAUACUAGUCGUACGGACAGUCGUCAUGCUCGAACGGGAUCUGUGAAAAAGCCGACAGCUUUUAAGCCUGUAUCAUUCGCGAAGUUUUCAGUACCCAAAGCCCCGGGAUCUUCAACAACCCCGAAACCUGGUGAAAAACCGAUUCUGUCUGCGGCUCAGACUACUGUUUCUCCGCAACCGACUUCACGACCGCGUUUAGUUGCAAAGACUACAAGUGGACUAGGGUUGACAUCUAAACCCACUGCUUCUGGCUUAAAAGUUACUUCAAGUGGACCGGAUCCCAGCCAGGUUUGGAACAAAAACAGACCUGCCCAGCCCCCGCCUACGAAGCAUCUCACCGACGAAGAACUCAAGCAGCAAUACGGUAUCCAUAUGACCUCAAGAAUACAAGAGGACGGUAAUGGGACGGAAGCAAAAUGGGCAGAUAUUGACGAUGACGAAGACGACUGGGCACCAGAGACUAUCGAAUGGAAUGAUGGAACAAAGAUUCAACUUACCCACACGGAAAAUAUCCCACCACCUGGCCAGGAUGCGGCACCAUACGACAAAGGCAAAGAACUUUCACGUCCACCAGAAACACUAUCGACGCGGGAGAGCGCUCGAAUGCUCCUAUCGAAACCAUCCACCACGGUUGGACCGAACGCCACCGUUCUCCGUUUGGGGGCUAACGCAGAGAGGCAGCAACAGCAAGCCAAAGCUGCUAUUGCCUCCAGAUCUGGUGCCGAUAAACAAAUUUUGACCUCCAAAAGCCUGGCGCCUGUGCCUUCUAAAUCUCCCUGGGCCCCUUUACCUCCUGUGGACAAGAUUUAUCCUGUGAAUCCUCCAGUUCAAACUAUCGAGAAUCAAUAUGUGUCUCGUGUGCCAACUAGGGAUCAAUCAGCCCAAGAUAACUCAACUGUCCCAAUACAUACGCGCGAGAUAGCAGCUGACGAUUUCAAUCGGUCUUGGAGGGAUGAGCAGUUAAACGCCCCCCGCGAACUUUACAAUUCUCAUUCUGGCAGAUACGAACCAGUUCCAGAAAACCGAAAAGGCUCCAUCCGCCAUGAUUCUCAUAUGCGUCCCCCAGCUGUCCUACAACGACCGGGUGGCAACGAAUUUGGUGGUCCCGCGGAGCCAUCUGCAGCAUUUCAGACACAUAGGACUAGCCAUCAAGAGGUCGGUCACUGGCCCCGUCGGCGUGCCUCGUCAAAUGUUAGCGGUGGUAGUGGUAGCUAUGGGCGCCGAAUGUCGUUUGGACGACCUGAUGGCCCUGUGAAAUCCCACGAAACUCGGCGAGGGUCUCAAGUAAAUGGAUCGUUUGAAAAUGCUAUCUCGCCAACUGAAGCACCUCAUAUCAAAGAUAUGGGCCCACAAGACCGUUCACCAAGUCAGCAUUCCGUCGCUACUUCUUGGCAAUCUCGAGCACCGAACAACGCUGCUUAUGCGCCUCCUAAUUCUCAUUCCGGAGUUUCACAAUUACCAGAAAAUGCACCAACCCCGGAAGUGCCGCAGGAUUCAAGCGAGGAUGUUAUAAGUAUGCAACAACGUAUCAUGAAAGAAAAGAGGAUGGAAGCUCGGCAGAGAAGAAUCGAACAAGAACAGAAAGAGGAAGCAGAGCGCAGAGAACGCAUUCGUUUGAAAUUACAAGCAUUAGGGCCUGCACCCGAAAAAGAAAAACUGAAAGCCGAAGAGCAAUCAGUCAAAACCUCGCCUAAAGAUUCAACUUCGUUACCGAAUACACAUCCAAUAAUACAAUCUCCGCCGAAACCUCCAGUGCCGGAACCUACCGGAGAACCCCAGCAAUAUGGAAUGAUGAAAGUUCAUCCUCCGGAACCUGUCAAGAAAAUUAUUCCUUCCAAUGAACGUAUUCCUAAGAAACCUUUGGAAACUUCCGUGCCUAACCGUCGUGCCGUAUCCCCAGCUCGAGAGAUGAAGGCAGAGCCCGCCCAACCUAAUGGCAUUUCACAAAGCGAAGAAUCUUAUCAAAGUCAAAAGCAGACCCAAAACAUCGAAAGCUCGGUAUCUGAGGAGAGAGAUUCCCAGUGGAGAGGCAAUAUCAACUCCAAUACAUAUUCGCCAUGGAGCUCUGGAGCCAAGCUUAGCAAUCACCCGUCUCCGAGCUCCAACCCGUGGAAACCUCUUAGCAGCGAUAAGACUCUUGGUAAUGGAACCUUCGAUCGCAACUUAGCGAGCUUCUCUCCAAGAGAACUGUCUCUUCGCGGUCCUGUCGGCUUAGCUGAACCAACCUCUAUCGGCCCCUUGUCAGGGAAUAUGGACAAGAUUAACGGGUCACAGCCGUUUCCUGGUCCCAGACUUGGACAGGAUAGUCAACCCCCUCUAGCGUCUCUUACACAAACAGACAAACGCCAUCCUCAGUAUGAACCAUUCCACGCAAUCGCAAGGCCACGACCGAUCGGACCACCAAACACUCAGCCCCCACAAUGGCAUUCUGAGACCCGUCGCAGUGUUCAACCAGCUACCACAGCUUGGAACAAUUUCCAUGCAGUCGCAGCGAAACAAGAGGUUGAAGAUCAACAAAAAUUCCAACGGGAGCUUGAAACUAUACGCGACGAACCUGCCGCAUCGCUUAAUGUGAACUUCUCUGAGACAUGGCGUCAAGUUCGUCCUGGUGAUGUCGCCGGCCAGAGGCAGGUUGUCAGUGUAGUGAAGUCGAACGAACCAUCAGGGCCCUUGCAAACCCUCCACGGUUUUGAUACUCCCAUGGACGGUCUUCCAUUUACUGAGGCUCAAUCACGUCCUUUCAGUAAUGUCACUGGUCGAUCUCGUUUCUUCCCUACCAUGACAGAUACGUCUAAAAGUACCUUCGCUGUUGAUGAUGGACGGCCUCUCAGCCCGUCGCCUCCGCCUCCCGAGGAACACUCUAGCCACCCUGCAUAUGGUGGUAGUACUCACCGUCCUUUGGUGAAUUUGCCUAUCCCCAAGCCUGUGGUCAAGCUGCCUCCAAAAGCUAUUGCACCGCCCCCAAACCCACCAACUUUUGCUUCCAUGGCAGCAGUUCAACCACGGCUUCCCCACCACUCAUUGGUUGCCACAUCUUGGCAAGACCGUAUCAAUGGUCUUUUAGGAAAGAGUGCGGUAUCAGAAAAGAGGAAUACACUAGCAGUUGCUUCUGCAACUCGUGAACCGCUUGAUGUUCAAUCGCACCCGUCUUCUGCAGCUGUUUCACUCCCGCAAGUAAAAGAAGUCGACAUACGCGACGCUGGCAGGGUCACUACUAAAGAAGUUGAGGACGAAGAAGCCAUUUUCGAGGACCGCGAAGCCGGAUCAUUGCCUGUUGUUCGUGUGCCUAUUAUGGCGCCCCCCAAUGCAUGGCAAGCUCUUCCUGCACAUCCACGGUUACGCCCAAAGGUCCUUAAGCCAAUGCAGGUUCACACUAUUGAGCCUUAUUGCUUGGAUUUACCAGAAAAGGAUGGUUCUGGAAGCUGGCAGAUACUUAUACACAUUCCAGGGUCUUCAAACGUCAUAUCAGUUCCUUUCUCAAAGAAACUGGGAGUCCCUUCGCAACGGCAAAAGGGAACCUCAAAUUUCCGUUCUCGCAAACAUCCCAGACCGAGAGAUGUUUCCGUUAAGUCAAAUGUAGCCCAGGGUGGCAAGAGACAAACCUCAUCUGCAAAUACUACCAAGGAAAAUGCAACGCCAAGUCGGAGCUCCCACAAUUAG